UGACGUUUCGUUCUAACUAUUUCGGGUCCAGCGAAAUUAUUCGUAAAAAUGGCUCAGUGCUACAUUUCUACCUACCGAAACCACUACAGGUGGAACCAACCAGAAGUUGAGCCUUCCUGCAAACCUGUGGAAAAAUUUUUGUCGAUUAAACUCCCCGAAGACAUCUGGAUAGAACCUGAAACCACUGAAAGCGUUUUGGAGGAUGAGGAUAUGCUACGCCGAAUAAAGAAAACUAACCUCAAACGGAUGAUUAGCACUUACCAAAUAUCCUACUGCAAAGACAUGGUAGCAAAAUUUACCGGAGAGCCCAUCGAAAGCUCUUUCGAGAAUCAGCUCCUCGAGUACAGCCAGAAGCUAUACGAACCUGAAUCUCGGUCGAAAAUCUCUCCUCCAUUGCCGGGAACUAGGAAAGUUUUUGGCUAUAUUCGUCCGAGUUGGAAUUACAUACCAUUAACAAAUUAUCAGUACAAUUUUGGAAGAACGGCGUACGAGAUUUUAAAGCGGAAUUUGAAGAGAGGAGCUGAGGCACUUCGUAACCCCCAAAGUGGAGAAAAUGAUAAUCCUGUUGUCGACGGUGAAGAAAAGAAGAAACAUGAGAUCGCCGAGGCGACUUGCGAUUGCAGAUGUUGCGUGAAGAAAUUAAAAAAAAAGAAUAAAUGUUCGUAGCUUU